AUGUGCUCUUCCAAACCAUACGGGUUUCAGAGUCUCGCGUCGACUUGGCCAAAUGAAACAACUCAGCGGAGGGCGGGGUCCGUCUCCGUCAUUUUUCUGCCAGAGAUCGCAGGCGAUGAGGACAGUAUACCAUUUCACACGUGCAUCGACCCAUGUGCGCGGUGUAUUGAUCCGCGUCCGCUUCGGGUGUCGUUGGUCGGAUUGUCGAGCAUCGCCCAGAAGGCAGCCAAAGGCGAGUCGUCAAACUCGUCAGGCUCGUUCUUUAUUCAAGUACAAACUUCACUCUUCGUCAGACACCAACACCAGCGUCGCUUGCAAACUGCAACUCUCUUGUCCGAAAAGAUGCUGACAAACCGCCGUUCGACCAUGAUGGUCCCACCGAACCGAAUGCCCAGCUGGCACCCACAGUCCAAGUCCACGACACCUGAUGUGCCUUCUCCACUAGUCACAUCCGACAAUGAACUUCCACAGAGCCGUGUGCCUUCGAUACUCACUUCGACCACGUCCAUGUUACCUGGUUAUCGGAUCCUGCGUCUCCUCGGAACAGUUCACGGCACAACAAACGCCGCGCGCAAGGAUACCAAGUCUUUCAUCAAGAACAUCGCCAGUAGCUUUGGAAGUCAUUGGGGCGAAGCGAAGAGUAUUACAUCGAUCAUAUACCAAGCCCGCGACCAGGCCAUUGACCGACUGGUCAAAGAAGCAAUCGCGCAUGGUGCAAAUGCAGUCGUUGGCCUGGAGAUUCGUGAAGCCGAGAUUCUGGGGUGCGUUGUCGUGAGUGUGAGCGGGACAGCGUGUUGGGUUGAGAAAGACGGGGCAUUGAAAAGAGAUAGUGCGCAAGAGGCUGAUCCUUUUCGAUGA